AUGUCGAAAUCAGAGAGCGAUUCGAAGCAGGUGGCAGCAAUUGAAGAUGAUGAUGAGCCUGAUGACUGGGACAAGCGGAUCUUCAGUACCGGCUGUGCGGCGGAGAAUACCAAGAUGAACGAUUGCUAUUAUGACAAGAAGGACUGGAGGUUAUGCAAGAACGAGCUGGAGGUUUUCAGGAAGUGUUGGAAGCAGCAUCAGAAUGAUCAAAGGACGGGAAUGAAAGAUGUGUGA